GGGGUGCUGGUUAGGUCGUGGGCUGGGCCUGGCAGGACACGCUGGCGGUGGGCUCGGGUCGGGGCCCGUGGAGUUCUCAAGGCAUCUCCUGGCUCGCUCUCGCCACCCCUCCCCCAGGAUCGGGGGUGGCGGCGUGUCUGGCUGAGGGUAGCGGGGCGCGGGGCAGGGCUGGAGCGCCAUGAGCAGCCCGGAUGCGGGAUACGCCAGUGACGACCAGAGCCAACCCCGGAGCGCGCUGCCCGCGGUGAUGGCCGGGCUGGGCCCUUGCCCCUGGGCCGAGUCUCUGAGCCCCCUCGGGGAUGUGAAGGUGAAGGGCGGCGAGGCGGCGGCUAGUAGCGGAGCGCUGUCUGGGGCCCCGGGACGGGCCAAGGGCGAGUCCCGCAUCCGGCGGCCGAUGAACGCCUUCAUGGUGUGGGCGAAGGACGAGCGCAAGCGGCUGGCGCAGCAGAACCCGGACUUGCACAAUGCGGAACUGAGCAAGAUGCUCGGCAAGUCGUGGAAGGCGCUGACGCUGGCGGAGAAGCGGCCGUUCGUGGAGGAGGCCGAGCGGCUGCGCGUGCAGCACAUGCAGGACCACCCCAACUACAAGUACCGGCCCCGGCGGCGCAAGCAGGUGAAGCGGCUGAAGCGGGUGGAGGGAGGCUUCCUGCACGGCCUCGCCGAGCCGCAGGCCGCAGCGCUGGGCCCCGACGGCGGCCGCGUGGCGAUGGACGGCUUGGGCCUGCCCUUCCCGGAGCAGGGCUUCCCCGCGGGCCCGCCGAUGCUGGCCCCGCAUGUGGGCGGCCACUACCGCGACUGCCAGGGCCUGGGCGCGCCCCCGCUGGACGGCUACCCGCUGCCCACGCCGGACACAUCUCCACUGGAUGGCGUGGACCCGGAUCCAGCCUUCUUCGCCGCCCCGAUGCCUGGGGACUGCCCGGCGCCCGCCACCUACAACUACCCGCAGGUCUCGGACUACGCGAUGCCUCCGGAACCGCCCGCCGGCCACAUGCACCCGCGACUGGGCCACGAGCCCGCGGGUCCCUCGAUGCCGGGCCUCCUGGCGCCCCCUAGCGCCCUGCACAUGUACUACGGCGCGAUGGGGUCCCCGGCGGCGGGCGGCGGACGCGGCUUUCACGUGCAGCCCGCGCAGAGCCCCGCAGCGGGCCCCGGGCAGCCGUCCCCCCCUCCCGAGGCGCUGCCUUGCAGGGAUGGCACGGACCCGACUCAACCCGCGGAGCUCCUCGGCGAGGUGGACCGCACGGAAUUCGAACAGUAUCUGCACUUCGUGUGCAAGCCGGAGAUGGGGCUCCCCUACCAGGGACACGACUGCGGGGUGAGCCUCCCAGACAGCCACGGGGCCAUUUCCUCCGUGGUGUCCGACGCCAGCUCUGCCGUGUAUUACUGCAACUACCCGGACGUUUGACAGCUCCCGCCCAGCCGCACUCUGCGGGCCAGAAGCUCAGUGUUACACACUUCCUGGAGAAGCGAAGGAAACCCCUAGCCCCGCGCUUCGGUUUUGUUUUUGGUUUUAGUUUGUUUUUUUUUUUUUAGGUUGUCUUGGCAGAUAAUUUAUGGUAAUUUAUUUUGUCUACCACUUGAACAUUUGGGGGGAGGGUGGUUGUGGAGUUUGGGUUUAAAAUUGAUUUCAUUGACUCGCUUCCCCGUGCCAUGAUCCAAACCCCCAUUUCUGAUCUCAAAUUAACCUUCUGUGAAUGUUCUCUUAAAACAGUGACUCCAUUCUUUGGAAAUUUAUGUGAUCAAAAAUUUGCCCCAAGUGUGUGU